UUCCUUGUAGACAAAUGGCGGCUCUUCAGCGAGCAGCAGCUGAUUCCCCACCGAGAACGGCAGCAGGAGCGGAGGGGAGGUAAACACGCCGCCCCCGGAUUUCCUGGCAGUAGGAUAGUCCGUUGUUUUCUGCGGGAUCUGCGUCGCAUCCUGACGGCUGGACGUCGCUUUCUUCCUCCCCGGAAAUCGAGAGUUUGGAGCCUCCUUGGUGUGAAAACAACCCCCUUCCCCGCCGGAGAGGAGAGGGUCAGCUGCAGCCCGGACUCCCCUCCCCGCUGCUCCUGCUUGUUUUCGGAGGUUGUUGCUCCUCGUCAGGGCCCGGACUCGGAUACGUGAAGAUGGGCAUCACCCCUCCGCGGCUGCCCUCCCCCUCCGCCUGACUGACUGACUGACGGCUCGGCGGCGUUAAUCCAAUUCAGGAGAUCAUCUUUUCAACCCUCCUGAGGUCAAACUAUUGAGAGCAGCCGUGUGGAGGUGAAGAUGACCACAGCACGGUACCGGCCCACCUGGGAGUUGGCCGUUGACCCCCUGGUUUCCUGUAAACUGUGCCUUGGAGAGUUUCCWCUGGAGCAGAUGACCACCAUCACRCAGUGCCAAUGUGUCUUCUGCACACUGUGCCUGAAGCAGUAUGUGGAGCUCCUGAUUAAAGAAGGCCUUGAAACUGCAAUUAGCUGUCCUGACUCUGCCUGCCCUAAAAGAGGACAUUUGCAGGAAAAUGAGAUCGAGUGCAUGGUGGCGACGGAGAUGAUGCAGAGGUACAAGAAGCUUCAGUUCGAGCGCGAGGUUCUGUUGGACCCGUGCAGGACGUGGUGCCCGUCCUCCAGCUGCCAGGCCGUGUGCCAGCUGAAGGAAACCGACUCCCYGGCUCUGCCCCAGCUGGUCCAGUGCGCCGUCUGCGCCCUGGAGUUCUGCUCCGCCUGCAAGGCCGCCUGGCACCCGGGGCAGGCCUGCCAGGAGAGCAGCCCGCCCAUCGCCUCCUUCCUCCCCGGGGAGAACAGCUCUUUCUAUAAGAACGAAGAGGACGACGCCCCCAUCAAGCGCUGCCCCAAAUGUAAAGUCUACAUCGAGAGGGACGAGGGCUGCGCCCAGAUGAUGUGCAAGAACUGCAAACACGCCUUCUGCUGGUACUGCCUGGAGUCCUUGGAUGAUGACUUCCUGCUGAUCCACUAUGACAAAGGCCCGUGUCGGAACAAACUGGGUCACUCCAGGGCGUCGGUGAUCUGGCACAGAACACAGGUUGUGGGGAUCUUCGCCGGGUUCGGCCUGCUCCUGCUGGUCGCCUCGCCCUUCCUCCUGCUGGCCACGCCCAUCGUCCUCUGCUGCAAGUGCAAAUGCAGCAAAGGCGACGACGACCCGCUGCCGACCUAAGCGCCCCGCGGCGCCGCGKCGCAUCUUCUUCCCGUCGAGUUUCACCACUUUUCCAUUCUGUUUUCCUCCCACCAGCUUUGAGAGAGCUUCAUUUUUCCGAGCUGGCCUGAAGCAGCCGCCGCUCUGCAUGAGGAGGACGGAAAAGACGCCGGUCCUCCGCUGAGACGUUGGGAAAACUUUGGACGGUUUGGGAAUGCGAAGAACGUCUGCUCUUCUUCUUCUUUUGUUUGUUUGUUUUUGGUGGUGUAAUUAUUUUGGGCGGAUGCGAACAUUUCCUGGACUGCUGAACGGACGUCUUCGCCGCCCGUUGAAGGACUUUUACCUUUUUUGCUCUGUAAACACUAAAGCUUUCCCUCACUGCAGAGGUGUCCAAACGGUCGGCAGGGGGGCCAGAAACGGCACGCUGGAAAUACUUUAGUAUUUUUGUAUUUCGUUAUUAUUGCAAAAAAUAUUGUUAUGAUAGCAGUCAGAUUUUUAAAUUACUGUAUAUUAAAAACAUAAAACGGUUUUGCAGGUUUGAAAGAUAAAAAAAAAAUAAACAUUGUAAAUUUUUCAAGUUGAUAUUUUUCUACAUUUUUCGUCGUUUUCAAGGUAAAACAAAUUUCCCAGAUUUUAUCACGAUAAACAAUAAUUAUAAUGUUAAUGAUGAAUUGUUUACCUAUCAAAGGGAGCAAUUUAUAUUCUAAAAUAAAAGAAACUUCAGUUAAAAGGAUUAUAUUUAUUCAAAUUCUGAAAUAUUUUAUUAAAUAUUAUUGAUUUUGCUGGACGAUAAAUUGUCCCAGAAAUUAUCGCGAUAAAUGAUAAUAUUGUUGCUUUGAGUCCAUUUUCAAGUAUCAAAAACAAGGCGGCACUUUCUCUAAUAUGAAUAAACUUUAAAUUUUAAUUAAUCUGGAAUAUUUUAAAAAUCCAAAAUAAAUAAGAAAAAUAAAUACAAACAACAAAUAAAAUUGUCCUUUAAAAAAAUGGCAAGUGAGACUAAAUACUUUUUCACAGUUUUUAGUGAAAAAAAAUAAAAAAAAGAUAAAUAAUGCAAAUGGAAAUGAUUGAGUUUGUUGCUAUGAAUUGAUUUAUUGCGAGAGGCCCAGGCUUUUUAUGGCUCUUGCUUCAUUUUGAAGAGUUUAUUAAACAGUAAUAAAGACGUUUUUAACCCCAGUUACUGGUAAAUAAAUUAAAAGCAAAAAUCUUUUAAAACAUUUUAAGAUUUCACCCUAAAAUAGUUUUUAAAUCCGUAUCCGAACUACAAAACCAAAUUCAGGUUACUGUUGAAAGGGCCACUGAAAAUCAUUCCAAGGGCUGUGAAUGGCCCCCGGGCCGCACUUUGGACACCCCUGCCUUACCGCCUCACUCGAUGUAGCUCCACAGAUUCAGCCGGUAGCAGAGGAGAGCUGCGCCACGCAUGUCAGCUCUCUGUACAGCACGUCCUCUCGAUGAUGUCAAUGUUUUAUAAUCUUGCGCUUUUACUAGAACCGUGCUGAGAGUCGUGUGUCUUGUAUAUUACAGUCUUUUUCCAGCUGUUAGCCAGACGUAUUAAAGAGGAUUGCCACUCAAAUCUAAUAAAUAUAUAUAUWUUUUUUUUCUUGUGGUUAAAAUAAAAUUUGCCCCCCAUCUGUCUUGCAGGGGCGUGUCUAGAUUUUUUUUCUUGGGGGGCCAGGCAGGAACACAAACUGUAAAAUUGAAAUUUCAUGGACAUAGGGGCAAAACUUGAAUAUUCAAACUAUUUUACCCAACCAAAACGCAUAGAUCUGCUUAGCAUAGAUUUGUUUGCUACAGUGGCUAACCACACGAUUAGCCUGUUUUAGCUUAGCGUAGCUUAUAAAACUCUGUUUUUAGCGCCGUUAAGCUGACUGUUCAACUUAAAGUCAAAAUUACUGACUACAAACUGCAAAUAACUGUUUAAUUUCCCUCUUUGCUCCCUUAUGUAUAUAUUUUUUGUGUAGUUGGCUGAAGCUGAUUUUCCAUAUUAUUGUUAAACAUCAUAUACAUCAAGCUAAUAAUGGGACUAGAGAAGAAAAAUUAGCCACUUAGCUAUAAUUUCUUGUUAAUUAAUGGGAAUGACACAUUUUUGCAAAAUAAAAUACAAAUUUUUUUUAAUGCAGCAGGUGGAUUUGGUUCAAUCACUGUUCUGUGUUAUUUCAGCAAAUGCCUUUUUUAUGCUACAGCUAACAAAACACUUAAAAUGAGUUGAUGGUUACUUCAAUAAUAAUUAAUCAUGAAUAAUUUGGUUAAUAUGCUUCACCCCUUCUACUGACAUGUAGUCUAUGUAGAAUAUGAGGGUAUGCGGUCCCCCCCCAGCCACCCCGUGGCUCCGCCCCUGCUCUCUGAUCACCUGAAACUGAGUGGCGCUCCCCUUUAAGUUUAGCAGCAACUUAUCGGCUCAGAGGACUUUGUAUCCACGUUGUUGUGGAAAGAUUUGACAGUUUAGCCAAAUAGAAAGUGAAAGCCUUAAAAGGCCUAAACCAGGCAGGCCUCCCGGUGCAUUGAAGGUAAAAAUCCUCUGAUGCUAAUCAGCCCAGGGAGCAUGUGUUGCUAAGGCUUCGUUGACAAGCCCUUUACUGUAAGUUGAUUCUAUGAUGUCAUCAGUGUGUUGUCAUUGUGUAAAAAAAGGAAAAAGGUUCCUAAAUAAAACGUUUUCUGACCCCA